AUGGUUGCCAAGUCCUAUGCCAUCGCCGCCGAGGCCGAGGAGCACACUGGAGCAGACAAGCGGUGUUGUGGCGUCCCCACCGACGUACCCAGCGGCGCCGUCGAACUCUGGUCCUUGGCAGAGUGCAGGAGCAGUUGGUACAUGUUCAAUCACUUAAGACGGGUGCAGUGGGCGCUUCUCGACUAUCCCAUCGAGAAAGCAGUCAAGAAGUACCAGCACAGGAAGGCGGAGCGGAAGUUCAGGGUGACGGUGUAUUUGCAAGGACAGCCGUCGGUUCCGAAGACCACAGCUCCACCCCCUGUGGAGGAUCAAGCAGGAGCAACCUCUACAGCAGUGAUCCUGGAGGCACUUACGCGUAACUUGACGAGUCUUCAGGAGCUCCAGGAGAAGUCGCUCAAGCGGGAUAUCGAUGGGGAUGAAGCUCCUGAGCAGGUGAAGAGUACAACGAUUGCGCUGCCAAGCCUGCCCGCGCCUGAGGGAAAUACCAUGGGGAUUCUGUUGCAAGACUGGUUGGCGCAGGUGGCAGUUCCGAUGCAAGACCUGUCUUCUUCGUCAGGAUCAUGGUGGACUCAAGUGUUGGACCUGGUGCAGGACACCUACUCUAAGUGGUUGGCGGCCUCGCCGCUGGAGCGACUGCAGCUUGAGCCAAAGGACCAUGAGACCUUGACGAAGGGUAAGUGGACAAGGGUAAAUGCAAGGGCAUGCUCAAUGGUGCUUCAGAGCCUACCGGACACAGUGAAGCACGACCUCAUUGCAAGCAGGGUAGUGCAAAGUUCACCGAUGAUUCUUUUCCGACUUCACACGACGUAUCAGCCAGGAGGAGCGUCGGAAAGGUCAACGGUGCUGAGCAAUCUCCAAAGCUCAGUGCAGUUUGAAACCAUGGAAGAGUGUCUGGUGUGGCUUCGAGCGUGGCCACGGUGGAUGCAGAGAUGCCGUGACCUUAAAAUGAUGGUUCCAGAUGGUUCAGUGUUGGCCAGGACCUUAACUACAACGACUUCGAAGUUUAUGACGGAGAACCUGGAUGCACGAUUCCGCACUCAACUGCUCGGGUCUAGCCUACGCAUUGACACCCAGCCGUCGCAGGCAGAUGUCUCUCGUUACCAACAACAUCUACAGGCUGAGAUGGAAGCGCUGAUUGCUUCGAGACCUGGCCAGCUGGGAGCACAUGUCAAGGUUAAGGCUAUGGGCACUACAUCGACCCCGUCAUCACCUACCUCAACAGGACCCCAGGCGACUACGGGAUCCGGCAAGGGCUUGUGCAAGUACUUCUUCAAGCAGAGUGGGUGUCGAAAGGGUGCCAAAUGCCCGUUUAACCAUGACAUGUCACAUCUCUCAAAAGCCGAGCGUGCAAAACGGUGUCUAGUACGCGGAGGAGAAGACCAUCGUCAACGGGAGUGCCCUACGAAGGUACCGAGACCCACCGGAAGGCCUAGUCUUCCACUAGGGGGAGGAGGACAAGCAGCAGCUCCGUCGACUACAACAUCCCCGGCCGUGGCGGCGGUAAAGGCAGAACCUGAGGGUGAGAUCUCUCCAUCGUCUACAGCAGUGGUGUCAGGGGAGCCAGUUUGGACUUUGGAAACCUUGCUACAAGCAGCCGCGAAGGUAGCAGGUGCAGCUCCAAACAGUGGCCCUUCGAUCAAUGUGGUGUCGUUGAAGGCUCACUACCCGAUCGGUGGCGGGGGACAGACAUUCGCCCUUGUGGACUCAGGUGCAACACAUGCUCUACGACAAGCGCGCUCGGAGGCUGAAUGGCUUGAAGCCAAACCAGUUGUAGUUAACUUGGCUGGUGGGGAAUCAGUGAGUUUGCGGAUGAACGAAGCCGGGACCAUUCUGGUGCCUUCGGCAACUACGACUACUAUGAAUUCGUCCGCUCCUAUAGUACCACUCGGAGCACUGGUUGGACAGCUGGGAUACACUAUGACAUGGAGCAGCAAUCGUUGCAGGCUUGAGGGCAGAGACGGUGACACCUACAAUUUACGAGCGCGUGAGGGAUGCCCUGAGAUUGCAGAGCAUGACGCACUCCGCCUUAUUGCUCGGCUUGAGGAUGAAAACCUAGAGCUUCUUCGCAAUAACACAGAUGCAACCAAGAGGCGGGUGAAGGCAGCAGCGUUAGCAAUGGAGAGAACGUGGUUUGAUUACCUCAUGUCCUACGUGGAUGGUGCGAUGGCCUCGGAGGCUUUGAAGGCGAUCGAGGCUGCCUCCUUUUUGCAGGAGGUGCCAAAGCCAUGCAAGGAGGGCCUGGUUGAGUCGUUUCCAGAGGCAAAUGGUUGGGAGUCUCUCAAGGGGCUACAGCAUCUCAACAGGAGAACCAGGAAGCGCUUAUGGUCCUCAGACAAAUGGCUGGUGCACUUGUUUUGUGGAAAGCAAGAGAGAAAAAACCUGCAGUAUUUGGAGGGCCAUGGUUACACCAUCUUUGAGCUGGACAUUGAGCGAGGCAAGACACAGGACAUCCUACAACCAUUGGUCUGGCGAGCGUUGGAGUUUGCAGCUCGGACUGGGAAGAUCGCGGCGAUCAUCGGUGGUCCUCCCCAAUCUACGUUUAUGAUCUCAAGGCAUGUUACAGGAGGUCCAGAGCCGGUGAGGUCUCCAGAGUUCUUGUAUGGUGGAUGGCAAGGACAGCCCGAGGCUGAUGUUUGGAAGGCCAACAGAGAAACGCAGCUUCUGACCCGCAUGAUAUAUCUGCAUGCACUUUCGAUGGCAGGUCGGUUGAGAGCUACUACCGGGGUGGCUUCAAACAAAGAGGUGGCAUUUCUUCUAGAGCACCCAAGGGAUCCUCGUGGUUAUUUACAGUUUGGUGAUCCACUGUAUCCUGAUGUUGUUAGCUUCUGGAGGACUUCUCUUUGGACCGAGUACGCGUUGGAAGCUGGUUUCCACUCCUACAGCUUCGACACGGCAGCCUUCGGCAAAGCGUACACCCGUCAUACAACUAUAGGAACUAACCUACAGCUCAAGCAUCUGGACGGUUUGCGCAUGAAAUGGCAUGCUGGGGCCGCGGAUCCUGACAGAACGCCGGCCUGUGUGUGGCCGAAUGAAUUUUACGAGCACCUCGUGUUAGCGUUACGUGACUGGGGUGUUAUUCCCAGGAUGGUUCGCAUGAGCGCUGAUCAGUGGAGGGAACAUGUUCGUCGAGGCCAUCUACCGUUCCGUCCAGAUUGCGCAGUAUGUGUGCAAGCUGGGGCCACCGGAAGACGACAUGCACGGAUAGAGCGUCCAUCAGCGUUUGUGCUGUCAGCUGAUUUAGCAGGGCCAGUGAAGGUGGGCGGCUUGGAUCCAAAUGCGAGAGGCGCUUUCCCAAAACCGUACAAGUACAUCUUCGUUGCCAAGCUCCGAGUCCCACGAACCUUUGUUGAAGAUGGCCGAGGAGAUUGGGUUGAGUAUGAUAAUGGGGAGCUGGAGGAGGACAAGUAUGAGGAGAAGGAUGAUGGGUUAGCCGUAGAUGGUGGGGCAGAAAAGGAGUCAAUUCGGUCGGAGCCAGUAGAGGAUGAAGAUAAGGACCAGGAAGACGAGCCAGCUAAGAAAAAGGAUCCAGAGGAAGACCUAGAUCUUGCAGCUCCAGACUUGGUGAACCUGAUCUUCGCUACAGGCAUCAAGGAUGAAAAGGCCCCAACCGUGUUAGAAGCGAUCCAGGACGUAAUCCUCUAUUGCCAGGCACUCAACAUACCAGUUCUUCGCUUCCAUUCGGAUCGUGGGAUGGAGUUUCAAGCCAAAGCGUCCAAACAAUGGCUGAAGAAUCAAGGUGUUAGAGUGACUACGUCUGAAGCAGGUGAUCAUCGUACAAAAGGUGCAGCUGAGUCGACAGUGAGGUGGAUAAAGCAGAGAGCGCGUACGCUGUUAUUGUCUGCCAAGCUGCCCCAGCAGUUGUGGCCCAUGGCAGUGUCCACGGCGGCUACCAUGCAGCGGUCUGAUGUGUUGGGGUUUGAGCCUCUACUGGCAGCUCCAUUUGGGACAAAGGUCACAGUGCGGAAGCGUCAAAUGGAAGGACCUAAGCUCGAUGACCUGGCUCCAAGAUGGGUUACUGGGACGUAUGUUGGAAGGUCAGAUAGUCUACAUAAAGGGCAUCUGGUCUAUGUCAAGGAUGAGGAUGGGGAGAGGUUUGUGCACACCCUUCAUGUUCGAAGUUCUCUACAUGAUCCUGGUCCAGUGGAAGGAGAGUUGGUAGCAGAUGAGCCGGAAGGCCCUAGCCGGAGGGUUAGAGGCAAGUCUGCUGGUAGCGGGGAUGUUGUCGCAGUCACCAAGCUAUCGGUGGAACAAGAGGAAGCACUCAAAUCUCGCGCGGAAGCUCUUCUACAAGCUUGGUCACAGGAGGAGGCGGAAGCCAUUGUGAAGGAGGUGUGUGCGGUGCUAGCCCCGUCGGAAAACGUCUAUGGAAUGUUUCGUUUUGGUGGAAAAACGGGUAUUACAAGGGCUACGCUAGAGCGACCGUGGCUUGCGAAGAUCCUGUUGAGAUUGGUGGUGGAAAAGGCUCCGGAGGCGGAGUUUGCGGCGAUCUUUGUCUCAGUCAAUAACGAGAGGGAAGUUCAUAUCGAUCGCAAUAAUGCCUUUGGUACGCUUAACUACCUGCUUCCACUUACAAUGCCGAGGAGAGGUGGUGAAAUCUGGCAAGAACUCAGACCAGGAGAUGUUGUUCAAGGCAGAGUCCUGGAACUGCAGUCGCUCGAUGGCCGCACUCGAUAUGGGUGCUCUUAUCCUCUGCAGGAGGGCAGUGUGUUUCAGCUGAAUCCACAUCGUCGUCAUGCUGUGUUACCGUGGACAGGUGACAGAUUGGUGAUUGUGGGGUACACACCUGGAACUCUGCAGAAUCUGGCGGCAGUUGAUAAGGAGCACUUAUGGUCGCUGGGCUUUCCUAUGCCAAUCUAUGACGAGGGCACAGGAGCUAUUGUCAGCAUUAAUGCUUUCUCUGUGCAGCCUACAGCUGGAGCAGUGGAUGUGGUUGUUGAACGCGAGCCACCUAGUCAUGAUGACAGUACUGUUGAUCCCAAGGGUCCAGAAAGCACUAUGUCCUUAUCAACUACGAGCGCUUGGACGUCAGGUAGUAUGGUGCAGUGUGACAACGAGGAGUGGUCUCACUGGGAUAUGUGCCUGGUGCUGGAUGGUGGUGAGCAGAUGGCUAUGUUGGCAAGCAGCAUCGGUCAAGGAGGUGUCCGGUGCGCAAAGGCAGAAGUGUCCUUUACCGAUGGCGUGGAGGAGAUCCUGGGAAGCUUGGACGGGCCGCUAAGUGUGGUCUACACAGCCAAUCCUCGAGAAGUGGCUACUCACUUUGAGGACUGGGUGCCUUCGCUAAAAAAGGAGGUGGCAUCUCUGUCGCAUGCAGUUGAAAAGGCCUGGAGCAAUGAUGAUCAGGUUCAGGAGGAGAUACCCUCUGGGAGGGCACAGGUUAUUCCUAUGAAAGCAGUUUUUACUGUCAAGCCGCCAGACCCCCCUCCGGAAGGUGAGACGUUGAAAUCCUUCUUCAAGCGCAAGUCAAGAAUAGUAAUUUGCGGGAACUUAGCGUCUCAUCAGCCUGGUGAAGUAUAUACCAAUACAGCUCCAGCAGAACUGGUUCGUGCAGCCUUGGCUUUAGCCCAGAUGUUCGGCUGGAACGUUGGCAUACUGGAUAUAGUUGCAGCUUUCUUACAGACCCCGUUUGCUGCGCUACCAGGAGCCCCGCUGGUCUAUGGAGUUCCCCCGAAGGUGUUGGUGAAGGCAGGACUAUGUCAACCGGGAGAGUUGUGGCGCCUCACACAUGCAGUAUAUGGCCUACAAGAGUCACCGCGUCUAUGGGGAAUGUAUAGGGAUCUAUGCCUAGCCCAGAUCCAGAUCGUGCACGAGGGCAAGAGAGUCACAUUAUUGCAGGGAAAGGUGGAGCCAUCGUGGUGGUCAGUCCUUCAAGAAGGCUCGAUCCUAAUCGGCAUCCUGGUGGUAUAUGUGGAUGGCUUGUUGCUUUGCGGGCACCCCUCAAUUAUACAGGAGUUGGCUUCAGCAAUAAAGGCAAUUUGGAGCACCAAUGACUUACAGAUGCUGUCUGAUGGGACAAUCAGAUUCCUCGGCAUCGAGAUUUCUAUGUGUUCGCAAGGGUUUGCAUUGUCGCAGAGGUCGUAUAUAGAGGAGCUCGUACGACUACAUCAUCUACCAGCUACUAGAAAGGAUGUUGUGCCGGUGUCAAAGGAGCUCGCUACUUUUAGCACAAUGUCAGAAGAAGGCGAGUAUACAGAAGCUGAGCUGAAAGCGGCUCAGCAAUGCGCCGGGGAACUGUUAUGGAUAUCGCAGCGGACGAGACCUGACUUGGGGUAUGUGGCGUCGUUGGUUGGAUCGCUAUCCACGAACUCCAAGGCGUGCAGUCCAGAUAGCUGA